AUGAAUAUGUCUGAGCCACAAGCAAUUUCAGAUAUCGAUCAGUUAGAUGGUAACUCUACUAAUACAAAAAUUUUCAAAGCUAUUGCUGAUGUAUUCCAAAAGGCACAGUCGACUUACGCAGGACAUAGACGGCAUGUAGCAGUGAUCAAGACAAUUCGUGCAAAGGCUGUUUCCCAAGGGUAUGAGGAAGUCUUCAACUACUGGUUUAAUAAAAUGGUGACGUUAAUCUUGCCAUUGAAACGAAAAGAUGUGGUGGGCGAUAGAAUCAUUAGACUUGUCGCUGCAUUCAUCGCGAGUUGCGAACAUGAUCUUGAGCUCGAAGACUCUACCGGAGGGGAUCGUGCGAACAGGGAAAUAAUUCAAACACGAUUCAUUGAUCAAUUUAUUAGGCAUAUACUUAGAGGAGUGGAAUCUCGCGACAAACACGUUAGAUAUAGAGUUACCCAGUUGCUUGCUGUAAUAAUGGAUAACAUCGGAGAAAUUGAUGAGGAGCUCUAUAAGUUGAUGAUGUGGUCAUUGCAAAAACGGGUUUAUGAUAAGGAGGCAUCUGUUAGAAUACAAGCGAUCUUCUGUUUAACAAAAUUUCAGGACGAGGAUAACCUUACAGGCAAGCUCGAUCCAGCAACAGAGAAGCUACAAAUUGCAGUGCAGAAUGACCCUAAUGCUGAGGUACGAAGGGCUGCCAUGCUCAACUUAGUAAACACGAAUUCUACUCGAGCAUUUAUUUUAGAAAGAGCAAGAGAUGUCAACCCCGUAAAUAGAAGAUUGGUGUACUCUAGAGUACUUAAAUCUAUGGGGCAAAAGGUCUUCACGCAUUUAGAGCAGCGACUGUUGGAUCAGUUACUUCAUUGGGGGUUACAGGAUAGAGAAGAAGCAGUUAGGACAGCGUGUGCCAAACUUAUUGCAUUUGACCUUUUGAAUUUAAUGGACGGUGAUAUUAUACGGCUUUUAUCCAAACUGAAUGUCACGAAAAGCACAUGUUGCUACUCUGUUAUGGAUGCGGUUUUCAAAGGGAGGCCUGAUAUUAUUACUAAAAUAAAGUUCCCGGAUGAGGUAUGGGGAGAAUUGACUGCUGAAACUGCUUUUUUGAUCAAGUCCUUUUACUUUUACUGCUCCCAAAAUUACUUGAAUGAAAUAAUCGAUUCAAGCUUUCCUGAAGCAGCAAAAUUCGCUGAGGUCAUACAGGUAUACGUUGAAAGAAUGUUCAUUGACCAAACCCAUUCAGGUGCAGCUGAUCAGAAUGUCUUGAGCUUUAUUAUUCAACAACUUCUUUCAGUAGCUCACAAGUAUGAUUUUAGUGAUGAGAUUGGAAGAAGAGCUAUGCUCACUGUGAUCCGGAAUAGUUUGGCCAACUAUCAACUGAAGGAGUCGCUCGUCAAAGUGAGCUUGAGAGUCUUGGAGGUUCUUUCGAUUAAUGAAAGAGAUUUCAUUGCUAUGACUGUAGAGAUUAUAACUGACAUUAGAGAUGAUGAUAUUGAGAAACAGGAAAGAGAGGACGCUAAAAAGGCUUCUGAUAAACAAGAAUUAAUUCAGGAAGAAAAUGAUGACGCCAUUGAAUCAUUCCAUUCCGCGGUUGAAAACCUAGUCAACGGCAACACUGAAAUUAUGAAAAAUCCGGACACGGUUGUUCCUGAACGUGAUGCAAGUCCCGCAACGCUGUUAAUUUGUUUAACCAUGUCACAAUAUAUGCUUGAACUCGUCAAUAACCCGCUGCAGCAAAACAUAAUGAUAAGCUCGCUUAUUGACACAUUAAUAACACCGGCGGUACGCAAUACUCAGCCGGAAAUCAGAGAACUGGGUGUUCGUAAUCUUGGUCUAUGUUGUUUAUUGGAUGUUCAGUUAGCAACAGAAAGCAUGUAUAUUUUGGGUAUGUGCGUUUCAAAAGGUGAUGCUUCCCUGAAGCAUAUUGCCUUGCAAGUUAUAGUUGAUAUUUUUUCUGUCCAUGGUACCAAGGUAGUAGACGGCGAAGGGAAAGUUGACUCUAUUUCCCUACACAAAAUUUUCUACAAAAUUUUGAAGAAUAACGAAAACCCUUCAUGUCAGGCUAUUGCGGCCGAAGGGUUAUGCAAAUUGUUCCUUGGAGAUGUUUUUGUGGACGAUGAUUUGUUUGAAACAUUGGUUCUUUCUUACUUCUCUCCUGCCAACUCUAAGAAUGAAGCCCUUGUUCAAGCGUUCGCUUUUUGUUUGCCGGUGUAUUGCUAUUCUCACACUCAACAUCAAAGUCGCAUGUCUCGAAUUGCUGCCGAUGUGCUUUUGCGACUUACAAUGCUGUGGAAUGACCUGCACACAAAUGAAGAUGAUGAAAUGCCUAUUGCCUCUAUGAUGAAACCUAACGAGAUAUUUCAACAGCUAAUAGAUUGGACUGAUCCCAGUAGGCUAGUGCAGCGAAAAGAUCAAGAAAUUCAAAACAUAGACGUUCAGCUUGAUUUCCUACUGAACGUGCUUAAACUGUAUAACAGAUUUGAAAGGAAAGAUAUCAAAAAGAUGCUAUUGAUCAACAUUGGUCGAUUUACGUUAACUCAGGAAAAUGACUUGGAAAAGAUGAAGGAUAUUUAUGACUUAUUGGAAGAUAUUGUGGAAAAUGAUGAUAUUGAUAACGCAAGUAGGAACUCGGUCAAAAAAUUUCUGAUAUAUUUGAAGGAUAAUAUUACACACGCAGAGGAGAUUGCCGCUAACAAAACUAAGGAAGAACCUGAAGAUAGCGACGAACAAUUUUCCUCUAUUUUGGGCAUGACAGGGGAACAAAGUUCCCCUGUUGAACAGAGCAUCGCUCACUACUCUUACGAGAGUGCUUGUGAUGAGCAAGACAAAGAUCAACCACACCAUUCAUUACAGGAGCAUAGUGUAGAACGCAGUUCCGGUUCAUCCAUCUUAGAUGACGUUCCAUUGCCGGAAGAAAUUCAGCAAAGAGUCAGAACUCGUAAACGAACAAGAACAGAGGUUGAAGAGCAGAGUGAGGUACAAAGUACAGAUCGGUUUUCUGAGAAUGAUAGAGACAGUCGGACAGUCAGCUUUGUUUUGCCACAGGGAGAUGAUAUCCGUAGUAAUUUCGCGGAGGAUGAUUCAUAUUACGAGUCGUAA